UUGCGGCUACGAGCUUGUACAACGACUCCGACCAAUCAACGAGUAGCUCCUGCUCUUAUAAAGAGGCCGGACCCGGAGCAUCGGUACCGGAGAAUGAUAGGAACACUAGCGAGCCAUCACACGACGAGACACUGGACCUGUCUGUCCUUUAGUUUUUAUUUCGACUUCCUCGUUUCUCCAGGUGUGUUGUAGCAGAGAGAAGAUGGCCACGUCCGAGAGCGCCAGCUUGAGUAAAGCUGUCAAACAGCAGUACAUGGACCUGCCUCAGGGGGACAGAGUCCAGGCCAUGUACAUUUGGGUGGAUGGGACCGGAGAGGGGCUCCGCUGCAAAACCAGGACCCUGGAUUUUGAGCCCAAGAGCGUUGAAGAUCUCCCUGAGUGGAACUUUGAUGGCUCAAGCACCAACCAGAGCGAGGGCUCCAACAGCGACAUGUACCUGGCUCCCGCUGCCAUUUUCCGUGACCCAUUUCGUAAAGACCCCAACAAGCUUGUCCUGUGUGAAGUGCUGAAGUACAACCGCAAACCUGCAGAAACCAACCUUAGAAUCACAUGUAAGAAGGUGAUGGAGAUGGUGGGCGAUCAGCAUCCUUGGUUCGGCAUGGAGCAGGAGUACACCAUCCUGGGCACAGACGGACACCCAUUUGGCUGGCCAUCUAACGGGUUCCCCGGACCACAAGGUCCCUAUUACUGCGGCGUGGGAGCUGACAAAGCCUAUGGUAGAGAUAUAGUGGAGGCCCAUUAUAGAGCUUGUCUCUAUGCUGGAGUUGACAUUUGUGGUACAAAUGCAGAAGUGAUGCCUGCUCAGUGGGAGUUCCAGGUUGGCCCUUGCGAAGGUAUCAACAUGGGUGAUCAUCUGUGGGCGGCACGUUUCAUCCUGCACCGUGUCUGUGAAGAUUUUGGUGUUGUUGCCUCAUUUGACCCCAAGCCAAUCACUGGUAACUGGAACGGUGCUGGCUGCCAUACCAACUUCAGCACUAAGGAGAUGAGGGAAGAAGGCGGAUUAAAAGCCAUUGAAGAGUCCAUCGAGAAGCUUGGCAAGAGGCACCGCUAUCACAUCCGGGCAUAUGACCCCAAAGGGGGGCUCGACAAUGCCCGGCGUCUCACCGGCCACCAUGAAACCUCAAACAUCGACGAAUUCUCUGCAGGUGUGGCUAACCGUGGCGCCAGCAUCCGCAUUCCUCGUAUGGUGGGCCAGGAGAAGAAGGGCUACUUCGAGGACCGCCGUCCAUCGGCCAACUGCGACCCGUACGGCGUGACCGAGGCCCUCAUCCGCACCUGUUUGCUGAACGAGGAGGGGGAGGAACCCGCGGAAUACUAAAUCAUCUCAUUGACUGACUCCCACCGCCCUCCCGACUUUAUCUUUUAAGCUAGUACUGUAUUUUUUAUUUUUCUCUCUCCCUCUGAGAUGAUUUUAACCUGCAUUUUAAUGGCUUAAAGUUGGCUGGUCAACUUAAAAGAUAUGGGAAGGUAAUGGCAGGGUAUGUCUCUCCCCUCCACUUUCGAAGGGAUUGGCUUUUGUAACACUGUUUUAUAACCCAUGUCAUCUCCCCCCUUUGUCUGUAACUGAAAGAACUAAAGCACAUGGACACUGAAGAGUAGAGCUGCUAAGGCUGGACAGCAUGUCGAACUUAAUAAAUCUGACUAGUUCAUGUACUGUUAGUAUAUGUUGACCUGCCUUUUCGAGUAUCCAGUCUUUCGAUGUUACUAAUUCUUUAAUUUUUAUGAAGUGUCUAUUUUUUAAAUGGCAACGUUCGAUGUCGUCAGAUUUUUGGCACACACUUGAUUUGACAACUUGUAGGUACACUUUGUAGAUGUCUAUACCCAGACGUAUGUUGUUGAACUGUGGUGGAUCUGUCCAUAAUGCCAUUUGUAGAUUUCCUUAAGGAGUUUUAUCCUUCUGUUAACUGCGAUAUUGUAAUGCACCUGAUUUUGGUAAAACAUCAUGUUUACUGAAGCUGGUGUUUUUUAUUGAUACAUUUAAAACUUUUAUUUUUAUCACAACAUGGCUGUGUGACUCAUGACUUAAAAAAAAAAAGAUUAAAAGAAUAGGUCAACA